GAUAAUGAUCAAGUCUUCAAUUCACUUGUUGAAUUGUCAAAUAUAACUCAUUGAAAUCAUCUUAUUCUUAUUAAUUUAUAUCUUGGAUUGGUUCCAACAACAAAAUGGUUGAAUAGUUCAUUCCAAUUAUCAUAAUCAUAAUGAAUGAUACAUUAAAACUAUUCAUUAUCAUUUUAAUAUGGUCCCAAUUAACAUUAAGUCAAUUGAAUUAUUGUUUAAAACCUAUUGGAUGUUAUCAUGAUGAAUGUUGUUUUAAUAUUAUACCAAAAACUGGACCAAUAUGUGAUCCAAUCCCUGGAUGUGUUGCUUAUUUUAAACCAGAUUGUUGUAAAAAUAGUCGAUCUAUACAUACAGAUUAUGGUAUUAUGUAUGGUUAUGCUAUUUCAUUGGAUAAUGAAUAUGGAUAUCAAGACAAUGGGAAACGUUAUAUUCAGAACAUCUGGAACUCGAAACAACUGUCAACCAACACCAAGGUCAGAAUUUUCAAUACAAAUGUUAAAACAGUUCCACUAUAUGGGGCGGAAAUCUGGAGAACUACGAAAGCCAUCAUCCAGAAGAUACAGGUGUUUAUUAACAGUUGUCUAAGCAAAAUACUUCGGAUCCUUAGCGCUUGCCUCGUGAUGCAAUUUGAUGAUUUCCUCAAUAUGUGUCCCACUCACCACUUCUAUCGUAUUUUCCUAAUUUCAUCCUCAAAUGGAACCUGGUUUGUCCUCUCCCACAGUAGACUGUUGCUGAUUGUAUCUGGUCGACGGACAUUGAGUAUCUUGCAUAGGCAAUUGUUUAGAAAUACUUGUACACUUUUGAUGACAGUUAUAGUAGUUCUCGAAGUUUCAGCUCCGUACAGUAGAAUCGUCUUGACGGUCAUAUUGAAGAUUCCCACUUUGAUAUUGGUUGACAGUUGUUUCAAGUUCCAUAUGUUCUUCAACUGUAGGAAUGCUGUCCUUGCUUUGAUUUGGAAAGGAAUACCAUAUGCAAAACCACCAACACAAAAGAAUAAUUUAAGAUUUCAUCGACCUAUUCCACCAAUUCAUUCUAAUGAAAAAUAUGAUGCAACUUAUUUUCGAUCAUCAUGUUCUCAACCAAAUUUCAAUACAUUUAAUGAAUGGUCAAAAUAUUCCUAUGAAUGGUAUAAACAUUUUACAUUAGGACAAAGGAAUCAAGAAGGAUUCAAUGAUCAUGAAGACUGUCUUUAUUUAAAUAUUUAUAAUUUAUAUGAAAUAGAUAUUGGUUUAGAUUAUAAUAAUAAUAAUAAUAAUAAACAAUAUCCAAUUAUUGUAUUCUUUCAUGGUAUUGAUCAUUUAAUUGGAUCAGCAAAUUAUUAUCCUGGACAUGUUUUAGCCCAAUUAGGUUUAGUUGUGAUUACAGUAAAUUAUCGAUUAGGUCCAUUUGGUUAUUUAGCUAUAAAUAAACCAUAUUUACAAAAGAAUAUUCAUAUGAAUGAUAUUAGUGAUCAUGAUCAUCAUGAUGAUGAUGUUGAUGUUGAUGUAGAUGUCGAUGUUGAUGAUGAUGAGGAAAUAUUGAUGGGAAAUUAUGGAUUAUGGGAUCAAAUUAGAGCAUUGGAAUUUAUUCAUGAACAUGCUGAUAAAUUUCAAGGUGAUCGUAAUCAAAUCACUGUAAUCGGUUAUGGUUCAGCUGCUGCUGAUGUUGCACUACAUUUAUUGUCAGAAAAAUCAGGUCGUAGAAAUCCACCAUUAUUUCAUCGUGUUAUUCUUAUGUCCGGAUCUGAUCAAAUGGAAGGUGGUUUUGUUCAAAAUAUCAACGAAUCGGAGGCAUAUGCUAAACAGUUGGCUUAUCAGGUUGGUUGUGAUGUUUCUUCAAGACGUUCAAUGAUAAAUUGUUUACGAUCUCGUACAUCUACGGAAAUAUCGAAUGCAGCAGCUAAAACAAGGAUUCAUCGGCCUAAUUGGUUAACAAAACCAUGGGCACCAACUUUAGAUUAUGAUUUUAUAAUGAAUACACCAAAAUACUUAUGGAAUAAUGGUCUUUAUGCUCAUAUACCACUUAUUGGUGGCCUGGUUGUAGAUGAUGGUGUUUUUCAUGCAUUAGCAUCAAUUUAUCGUUUGGAUGUUCCACUUACUUGGAAUUUAAUAAACAGCACACAAAAUAGCGCUUUCGAUUCCCACGAAUUAUUGAAUCCAAAUACUGAAUUUUCUGGUAUGUCAGUUGAUUUAAUGCGUUCAGGUUUCAUGGAAAUGGUGAAAAAUGAUUUUGCACUGGAUCCUGUUGGUAUUACAAAUUCAUUACUUUUUCAAUAUACCUACUGGCCGGAUAAAGAAAAUGCAUUUUCACGAUGGGAAAUGUAUCGUUCUGCUUGGACAGAUCGUUUCAUAGGUUCUGGACUAAUUCAAACACUUCAAUAUCAUUCAAACCCAAAAUAUGCUAAAAAGAAAUUAGAAUCAAUAACCAAUCAAUCUUUACCAAUUAAUCAUACUCAAAUGUAUAUUUUUGGUUAUAAAUCAAAGAAUGAUUUAUGGAGUAAAAUUAUUGGUGUUUAUCCUGGUUCAGAAUUACAAUAUAUAUUUGGAUUACCUUUAUUACAAUUAUAUAAGACAAUGGAAGAAAUAAAUGAACAAUGGCCAAUUGAUUUAAGUAUUAAACCACCACAUUAUCAAUAUACCAAUCUUGAUAUUCAAAUGAGUAAUUAUAUGUUAUCAUUUAUAUUGAAUUUUGCAAAAACUUCAAAUGCUACACCACAAUCAAUUCGUAAUUUAACAUGGGAUACUUAUCGUAUUGAAAAUAGAACAUAUUUAUGGUUAAAUUUAAUUGAUAAUAUUACAUUAUCGGAAAGUCAUCGUCCAGAUUUAGAAUUAAAAGGAAUUGGUGCUGGUUUUGAUUUAAGACAAAAUUAUCGAUUAAAUACAUAUUCAUAUUGGACUUAUUUUUAUUAUAAACAACUUCAAUGGUUACCAAGAUAUCCAUUACCAACACCGAUAUCAAUUGAUUUAGAAGAUUAUCGUUUAGCUGCAUUUUCUUUAGCUGGUUUAUUGUUUAUUCUAUGUAUUAUUAUUAUGUUAUUAUUAAUUGUAUAUUGUAGAAGAAGAAAAUUGUUAAUAUCUUAA